GCCAGAUAGGCCCCGGAAGUAUAAGGAAGAGCCGGGUCCUGUAGCGGCGCACAAGAUGGUGAGUUGCUUCUGCUACCCUCCCUGUCACCUCUCGCUCCCCCCUCCACCUCCUCUUCCGCCGCCGCCUACGCCGCACCUCCACGCGCGCCCAUUUGCUGCCGCCUCGGCCGUUGGAGUUUGAGCACCGCGCAUCGCGCCCAGCCAGGCUUCCCGUCGUCGUCUCCAGCUGGCAGCUUCAUCCUCGCGCGUUGCAUGCUGCUGCAGCGCCUGCAAGCCGCACCCACGCACCCUCCUGCUACCCCAGCUCCGUCGCGCAUCUCUGGCUACAUGGUAUGCCCUCCCGCCAAGCAGCCCUGCUACCCAAACCGCUGCCCCUGCACGCCUGGUCGCACCGCCAGUCUUUCCUUGUCUCUGUAUCUCCUUCCGCCGCCUCUUGUCACCCACACGCCCGCAGCGCCAUCCUUGCCAGCGCCAUGAGCUUCCGCUGCCCGGCUCUGGCCCGCCCUCUGUGUUGUCAAGCUCGCCGGACGUCGCGCGCUGCUUUUCUUUCCUCCGCCCUCCCCGUCCUAUAAACUAUUCGCUGCCGUCCUGCCUCCUUCGAGACCCUGCCCCUCGCAUAUCUCUGUUGCAGCAGACCGCCGCGAUCUACCCCGACGCGAAAGGCGACGACGGCUGACCGCAACUCACACCACCCACACCCCCCGCCUGCCUCUACUAUUCCCUGCCGUUUUUGUCCAUCAAUUCUCCGAACGAGUCUUGUCUUUAUUAUUUGCGUUGCGAGUUGCAGCACUUGCUGACCUGCGUGCGCCUCUAGCAUCACCCCCACCCGGCGCAAGGCUUGCCACCGCCGACCCAUCAUCCUCAACACCACCCGCGGCCCUUGGUCCAACAUCAACAUCCGCACCACCAGCCGCAUCCCGACUCUCCACACCAGUCCCAGC